AUCAUAUGGUGAAAUGUCAAAAAUAGUCAAAAGUUGGAAUCGGUAGCAGGUUUUUUCGGUAAAUAAAAAAUAUUUACAUACUUUUCAGUGGUAAUUGCAAAGAAAUUAUAAUUCUGCUAUAAAUUAUUGACCAAUAUCAUGCGCGUAAGUUCCAAAGUCUGUGGAGUUUAACGCUGCUGACAAAAAUAUACCAAAAAGACUUCACAAGGCACGUCAGUCAAAAAACCAAAAUGUCCAAGAAGAUUGCAGUGUGCCAAAUGACAUCCGUCGCAGACAAAACGCAGAAUUUGCAAGCAGUUAGUAAAUUAGUGAAUGAUGCAGCCAAUGAUGGGGCCCAGAUGAUAUUCUUCCCAGAAGCGUGCGAUUAUAUUUGUGACAACAAAAAUGACAUCGUAAAGUUCGCCGAGCCAAUCCUCGGUGGGAACACAGUGGGAAAGUACAGAGAAUUGGCCGCCAAGCACAAGGUCUGGCUGUCCAUGGGUGGUGUUCAUGAAAAGGAUGAUUCAAAGCCAGACAAAAUGUACAACACACACAUUAUCAUAGAUAGCAAUGGAGAAAUAGUACAGACGUACAGGAAACUACAUUUAUUCGAUGUAGAGAUUCCGGAGAAGAACGUUCGGUUGAAAGAAAGCGAUUUCAGCCAUCCAGGAGGACAUGUGGUCACUCCUGUGGAUACACCGGUUGGAAGGAUAGGAAUGGCAAUAUGCUAUGACAUGAGAUUCCCCGAGCUAAGCACAGCGCUCGCUUCAAUGGGUGCUGAGAUUCUGACCUAUCCGUCUGCAUUCACUAAAGUGACUGGGGCGGCGCAUUGGCAUGUUUUGUUGAGGUCGCGCGCGAUAGAGAAUCAAACCUACGUCAUAGCAGCGGCUCAGACCGGUCAACACAACGCCAAACGACAAUCCUAUGGCCACGCAUUGUGUGUAGAUCCAUGGGGCGAAGUUAUAGCGGACUGCGGGGAGGAAACGUCAGUGUAUAAGGUGGUUGAGUUGUCGAGCGAUAAGUUGGCAGACGUCAGAAGAAACAUGCCCGUCUUUCAGCAUAGGAGAAAGGAUAUCUACUCACUCUACACGCUAGCGCUCCGCAAAUCCCCGCUGCUGGCCCACAAGCCCCGGACAGAGGCCCCGGACAGCCCCGUCCGGACCGUGUCCGGACCUACGCAAGUGUUCGGACACGUCCGAGUUCCGGACACUUGUGUCUUCUAUAAGUCCAAGUUGACUUACGCUUUUGUUAAUUUGAGGUGUGUCAUACCAGGUCAUGUAUUGGUGGCGCCUCUUCGCUUGGCCGAAAGGAAUAGAGAUUUGACUCCGGAAGAAGCUGAUGAUUUCUACAGAACUGUGAUUUUGGUUCAAAAGUUAAUGGAAAAAGUACACAACACACAAUCGUGUACAGUUACCGUGCAAGAUGGCCCAGAUGCAGGACAGACUGUUAAGCAUCUACACUGCCAUGUUAUGCCAAGGAAAAAAGGAGACUUCAUAGACAAUGAUCUCAUAUAUUUAGAGUUAGCUAAACACGAUCAGUUCAAAACAGGACACCCAGCGAAACCUGCCAGAAGUUUAGAAGAAAUGCAAGAAGAAGCGAGUUUCUUGAAGAAAGAAAUAGAGAAGAUGAUAAAAGAAGAAAACCUGUUAAGUAGAUAAUGUAAAUAAAUGUGCUAUAAAUUAUAUUUU